GAAAAGGCUGGACUGUGACGGGGCUGAACAUGUCUGGAUGUCUGAAGACUGAGAGGAAUUUCACUCCCAGAAAAAUGUCACAAGAAACCAACGUUCGCUUGUUUCUCUCGCGAGAUGUGCGGUCGCCCCGCAGCAGCAGCAGCAGCACACACUGCCGCAGAGCCGCUGAGCCAAAGGCCGCUUCCUCCUCCAGCUGUGCGGCUCCGCUUCGCCUCUGGAAGAAUCCCCGAGGUCCGGAGCUCGGAGUCCUCAGAGCGGCUCCGGCCAGCAGGUGUGUGCCGCUGCAGCGUCGCGUCUGCCCCGCAGGAGGAGAGGAGAAGCAGCGGGACUGAAGCAACAUGGCGGACGGACGGUGAACACAACAAAGCAGCUUCCUCCUCUCGGCUUCCCUCGGCUCUCUGGGCCGGGAGAGGAGACUCACCUGAGGACAGCUGAGCGGCGGGAAGAGGAAGAACAUCUGGCAGAAGGGGCAGAGGGGCAUGCUGGGACAUUCAGCCUCAGUUCAGAUCAGCUGAGUUGAAGUUGGAGUCAGAAACCGAGGCAGCGACAUGAGUUCUUCACAAGAGGUAGACACAGGCAGACCUCACAGCUGUCAGCAGUGUGGGGGAUCGUUCGCCUCCUCGUCCGACCUCGAGACACACAAAUGUCUCAGCCAUGAAGACAAAAAGUAUGCCUGUGACUUCUGCGAGAAAAGGUUCACCAGGUUAUCUGCAAAGAGGAAACAUGAACGCCUUCAUACCGGCGAGAGACCGUACCGCUGUACGCAAUGUGGGAGGACUUUCGACCGGAUAUUAUCAUUAAAGGUACAUAAGCGCUCUCACACUGGAGAGAAACCAUACCGCUGUGACCGAUGUGAAAGCUGUUUCAAGUUCCCGAGUCAGUACAGGCAACACCAACGUGUUCAUACUGGAGAGAAACCAUACACCUGUGACCAGUGUGGGAAGAGCUUCAGUCACUCGGGUCACUAUAGACAACACCAGCGGAUCCACACGGGAGAGAAACCGUACACCUGUGACCAGUGUGGGAAGAGCUUCACCCAGUCCAGUAACUUCAGACAGCACCAGCAGACUCACACUGGAGAGAAACCGUACACCUGCCAGCUGUGUGGGAAGAACUUCACAAACUCUAGUAACCACAGAGAACACCAACGUAUUCACACCGGGGUGAAACCGUACCGCUGUGAUGACUGUGGGAAAAGUUUCAGCAACUCGAGUCACUACAAAGAACACCAACACAUCCACACCGGAGAGAAACCGUACAUCUGUGAACAGUGCGGCAAGAGCUUCAGCAACUCGAGUAACUACAGACAACACAAGCGCAUCCACACGGGAGAGAGACCAUACCGCUGUGACCAGUGUGGGAAGAGUUUCAGUAAGUUAAGUCAUUACAAAGACCACCAACGCAUCCACACGGGGGAGAAACCGUACCGCUGUGACCAAUGUGGGAAGAGCUUCAGCAAGCCGAAUCGCCACAGAGAACAUCAGCGAAUCCACACCGGGGAGAAACCGUACGCCUGCACUCUGUGUGGGAAAAGCUUCACCCAGCAAGGCGCCUUGAGGUUACACAAGCGAACCCACACCGGAGAACGGCCGUACUGGUGUGAUUUUUGUGGCAAGAGUUUCAAACAUCCGAGUACGUACCAGCAGCAUCAGCGCAUCCACACCGGAGAGAAACCGUACUGGUGCGAUCUGUGCAAGAGGAACUUCGCCCGGUCCUUUCAGCUCAAGACUCACCGGUGCGUCCGAACUGAGCAGAGCUCCUCCACCGUCUCCAGCCAACCAGAUCCAUCAGAAGAAGCCAAAGUUGAAGAUGAACUGUGACUAGAAGGAGAAAGACACAUCACUUCCAGGAUUCUCUCUUCAGGAUGCGCUGAGGCCAGGGGGCAGGCCACCAAAAAGCCCACCAGGUGAUCUCACUGAUCAGUCCCUCAUCUCUGUUUGGACGUGACGUGAUCAGUGAUCAGUCUUCAGCUGAGCUCUGAGUUUAGGAUCAUCAAUGCACUGAACGAACUGAUGUCUUGUGUUUCACUGCUGAGAUUUUAAUGUUGGUGUUUAGUAAUGAACAUGAGCUGAACUUAUUGGACAGUAAAAACAGAUACAACUGUUAAUGGCUGAAAUUUGCUGUGACGACAUAAUGCUGACAGCCUGCAUUUAACCAAGUGAUUUGUUUACAGGACUGUUUAUUUAGUCAAAAGUAAAAAGGUCAGACUGUCAACUUUUCCCUCCUGUCAGAUGCAGCUGGACAAAACCCAGACACUCACAGCACAAACUGAUAUUCAGGAAGAUGAAACCUGAUGUGAUCUUUGGGAAUUCUGAAUGUCAUAUCAAUAGUUUUUUGUUUGUUUUGCAUGAAUUACUUCUGCUGCUGUAUUCAUGUUUUAUCCAAUACAGAUCAACAGCUGUUUGUAGCUGUAAACAAUUAAAACAAAUUUUUGCUUUGUCCAA